CAACUGACAACACGGCACUGUAGUAACGUCCCGAGUCUGCCAACGGUCGGUUAAAGACGUUACGGGUGUCAGGGAAUUAUAGAACGUUAGAAUUACAAGCUAAAACCACAACAAAAAGCGUGAUAUAACAAGGUAAACAUUUGCAAUGGCUUCCUCCCCGAAUGAAGACGCGGACAUCGUACUAAGUGACGAAGUGGAGUCUCUCUUCGCCGAAGAAGAAGAAGAAGAAAUUGGACAGAAAUCUGUCACUUUGUUUUCGUGGUUACUUGAUCAUGCCAACACUUUCUUGUACGUGUUCUUGAUCUACUGGAUUAUUAAGAAGAUCGUUGUGGCCACUAAAGACAGAUGGUGUGCCUACGUCAUGCAUCUGUGUACCCGGGGAGUCUUCGUCGAAUUGGACCUGGUGAAAAAGGCCUUCUUCGAAAGCCUGUCGAAUGUUGUCUCCACCGACGCCGACCUGCGCAAGAAGAAUGCCAUCAGAAUACUGGAGGUCGGACCUGGUACAGGUGUCAACUUCGCCUUCUACCCCGAGGGCUGUCAUCUGGUCGUGGUCGACCCAAAUCCUCACUACAAAGAUUAUUAUUACUCAAACAUCAAGAAAUUCUCUCACAUCCACCCUCAGGAGUUCCACAUUGCCACAGGCGAGGACAUGAGCGUGGUACCGGACAACUCGGUAGAUGUAGUGGUUAUGACGCUCGUGCUGUGUACGGCGAGGGACGUCGACAAAAUCCUGAGCGAGGUGAAGCGUGUACUAGCUCCUGGAGGCAAAUUCUACUUCAUGGAACACAUCACAGAAUUCGACCUCGAGAACCACUCCUUCAGGAGGAAACUUCAGCACAUCUUCACCCACUACAUACCCAUUUGGCCUUUUGUCUUCGACGGGUGCCAGCUAGACCGUGACCCUCUGCCCAACAUCGAGAGGGCCGGGUUCUCAAAGGUCGAUGCCCAACGCUACUACGCACCGGUGCCCCAUGUUGUCUUCGACCCGGAGAGGCCUAAUCUGAAGGGCGUUGCGACUAAGUGAUGAGAUUCAAUACUGCGAUGCCAAGAGGGUGAUUUAAAGGGUGUUGUGACCAAGUAAUGAGAAACAGUACUGUAUUUCCAACAGAGGCAUAUUUCAGGGGCGUUGCGACCAAGUAACGAGAAACAAUAAUGUAAUACAGAGGCAAAUUUGAAGGGCGCUGCGACAAAGUAAUGAGAAUCAAUACAAUAUUUCCAAUAGAGGCAUAUUCUAGGGCUGUCGCAACUCAGCAAUGAGAAUAAUACUGCGAUACUAACAGAGGCAAAUUUGCAAUGAAAAACAAUACUGUAUUUCCAAAAGAGGCUAAAUUUGAAGGGUGUUACAACGCCUUAAUUAGAACCAAUACUGUAUUUCCAAUAGAAGUCCAAGUUGAAGGUGUUGCAACUGAAUAAUGAGAAUGAGAACCAAUACUGUAUUUCCAACAGAGGUCAACUUUGAAGGGCUGUGCAAAAAAUGAAUGAGAACCAAUACCACAACACCAACAAGACGAACUACUGCAACCAAUGGCACAAAAGCUUUAGGAUAUUGUUAUCAAGCUCUCUUGGGGGUGAAUUAUAUUUAUAUUCUUUAGAUUGAAUGGCGACUUGGGGCCAAUUUAAGAUGGGAACUCAAUUGUUCUCUUCUUUUUUGUACAUUUCAGUAUUUUUCUAAGCCAAUAAAAGACCCUUUAGUUAAAUUACACAAAA